AUGUUACACUGUAGUAGGUUGCUACCGUGGGAGGUCGUUGUCAAACAUGUUGACGAGGUUGUGCUACGAAUGCAGUUUUCUGGGUACACCAAGAAGUUCAGGUACGAGGUUGUUGAUUCAGCCCUUAAAGCAUAUAGAGCGAUAUAGAGGAAGGGGUUAGAGGCGGAUGUAUCGACCCAAGGAUUGGAACAGAGAAGAGCGGGAGCAGGAGAGAGCCAGAAAGAAAGUAAAUUGUACAAGAAGAACGGUAGUGAGUCGGUAUUGUGCCGGCCACUCGAGGGAUGGGGAUGAAGGAAUCUCGUUGAGUACAUGAAGUACUCGCUUAUUUUUCAAUAUGGCGUCAAACUGAAGAGGACGUUUAUUUUUAAAAUUACUUCGCCAAUGAACUCUUCAAAGCCUAAUUCCACGACGAGCGAAAUGCGAAAAAUUUCGCACGAAAAGGUUCAACGCAUGCGCAACAUGAUUUUGGAAUGUUUCUCUGCGAAAUAUUUCUCUUCGCCGGGUAGUUGAAUUCGUUUCUACUCCGUUGCGAAAUGGAAAUAGCGAAGCCAAUCAAAUGCUUGUGUUUUGGAUGAAAAAAUAGCGAAGCAAAUCAAAUGCUUGUGUUUUGACGAAUUUUUUCUCUACUGUGGAAAUCACUACACGGGAGAAAAUUUUCGCUCAAGUGUGUUUUCGCGCGACAUUUUUCGCAUUUCGCUCGUCGUGGAAUUAGGCCUUUAGAUGGGUCGUUUUUUAAGCCAUUUAAAACAUUCGCAGUCGUGCUUCACCGAACCUGCGAGUCCGGUGCAGCCUCUAACCAACUGAGCUACAGAGUCCAGCUGUGGUGCUCUAACGACAGAUUCAUGUUCAUAAAGCCUGGCGCACACGAUGCGAUUUUAGUCGGCCAAUAAAAAUCGUUUGACAUACCGAUAUACAUCGGUAUACUCCGCACACGAUUACGAAAAAAAUACGCUCCCUAACUGUAGCCGCCAUGUUGCCAAAUGAAAUCUGAUUGGUUAUACUUAAAAUAAUAUCAAAACGUUUUGAUGUUGUCCGAUUAAAAUCGAGCAACAAGAAUCGGUUAAAAAUGACACCGCACACACAACGAUUUUGUUAGUUUUAGUCAAACGAUUUUUAUCGGCCGACUAACAUCGCAUCGUGUGCGCCAGGCUUAAGGUGAUCCGAUUGUAAGAUAUGGGUAAAUAUCAGGACUUUUGGGCUCUGAUUCGAUUGAACUAAUGUUGAACGGUUUUGUUUAGAUGGAUUUCAUAGUAAAAAAAUUCAUAUUGUUCAAUGUUGCAAAUUAGAUUCCCUUUGUUUUUGGUUACUAAAAGUAAUCUAAUGGUAUCUCCGACAACGUUUGGUCAACGUUUUUACCUUUGACGGUGAAAACGUUAUUAAAGAGAGGUCUUUUACUAUAAAAUAUGUUACAUUUCUUCUUACAAUGACCAAAUAGUACACAUACCAAAAUCAUGCAUAUUUGCCCGAUGCGAAGGUAUGUUGUGCAUCCUGUGUAUUUCGUAUAUUUGCAAAUACCGCGAGAGCUCUGUGAACGCGCAUCAUGCAAGUUGAUUUCCAAGAUUCAAAAGAACUCUUAAAUUUAUAUAUUAAACUCUAUUACCGAUUUGUCAUAUCUUGCUUAGUUCUCGAAAUAUUUAGACCAAAAUUAUAAUAAGCUGUCCCGCCAUCUUGGACUGAUUCUUGACCUCAUUAACUAUGGUUUUGAUGACGUCAGAACAUUUAUUACGACUUAUAAAAACAAUUCAAUGAAUUUUGUUAACAAUUAAGCACAGCCAAUGCCCAGCAGCUGUAUGAAUAAUUGUUUAAGUCCUGUUAAAUGUAAUUUGACCACCGUGUUGUGAAAGAAAUUAUUUGCCCUGUAGUGUAGGUCGAAGAAAAGCUGUUGCAAUCCUGCGUAAACGCGGAAAAUACGAAUUAUGUAUACGUUAUAAUUUUAUAAUAAAAGUUCGCACCCAAAGUCAUUUAGAGGCCUGUAAGAGUUUGAAAAGUUGGUCAAAAUGGAAAAUGUUUUGUCAAAAUAGUUGGUCACUUGUUGAUUUUUCAAAUUGGUUUACAUUAGUAAUAACAAUUGUAGUACUGGAACUAGUAUAAUAGUGCUCAAAAGCGCAAAGAAAAUGAAGUAUUUUGACUCGUGCGAACUUGUAAGAAACCACCUCACAAGCAUUCAGUUUUCCAUCACGAAUUUGAUGUAGUCAUGCAGCCCUUUUAAGAAAUGGUGAAAAUGUUCGCCAAAACUUGGUCAAAAUAUCAGGACAAACCUCCCCAUUAUAAUGCCUUCGCGACGUCCCUGCAGCUAAACAAACUCUACAUGCUUCAACUUUAUUUCUUUAGAUACGAAGUUCCAGAGAGACAUAGCGAUGAUACGAUUAAUGUCCCUGUGUAUUUACGAGAGAAAAAGUAAGUGCCGUUACAUACUAUAAGAGAUUUCAUAGACCAACUCCGGUAACAAUGUCUUUUUCCAUUGGAUUAACAUUACCAACAGCCAAAUCCACUUAACAAAAUGUCAAGGAUCACUAGUAAUUGUACUUUGCGUAAUAUAUAUACUUCACAGUCGACGAACCGUUCCUUUUCUUAUAUCUGGGGGAAGGGGGUGGAAUUAAGUGUCCCUUCAUCCCAUAUUUAUCCCAGUGCCCCACCCCCCUAGAACCUCUUCCCUCUUACUAAAAUCUUUCAACAGUAUAUGUAACCGUAAAAAAAGCUUGUUUUGUCGUGAAAACACUUUUUGACAAUUUCCUGACUUUUUAAAACAGAUAGAUAAACAAGUCCUACUGUGGACAGGGGCGUAGGAACAGGGGUGCAGGCCCCCCAAGUUUUGCGAAGUGCCCUUUUUCCGGGAGUAAAGUGCCCUUUUCUUGCGUGAAAAAUGUCAUUAAGAUUGCAAUUUUUGCCCAAAGGCCACUUUUGAAAACUUGAAUCUAUGUUAUUCCCGGAAAAUUUUUUUCAUUUACAGGAAAAAUAUCAUCUAUCCGGAAAAUUUUUUGGUAUAUCCGGAAAAUUUUUUUCAUAUUUAGGAAAAAAUGUGGUGUAUCCGGAAUUUUUGAUAUGACCCCUCCCCGUCGCCAACAUUUCCGGGAAAAAAUUUUAGAUGCCCUUUUUUAUUCGAAAAGUGCCCCUCAAAGCCUGCCCCUCCCCCCCCCAACUUUUAGAAGCUUCCUACGCCCCUGUAGAUAUGUUGCCCACAAUUUCUCUAGAAUCAGAAAUAAGUCUACAGCACCUUUAUUUCUCUAAUUAUUCGUCUCUAAUUAAAUGCGUAUGUGAACGUGUUUAUACAGUAAAUAUCAGGAUUUUGGGCAUGUGCACUCGAUAUAACUAAUUGUUGAAUGGAUUUGUAGAUGGAAAUUUCAAGUGUGAAUUUUGUACAAUUAUUAGAUCUAACCAGGAGGAGCAGUUGCAAAAAAUACAACUAUAUCGGCCCUCUGGUAGGAAUCAAACCUGCGACCCUGCGAUUCCGGUGCAGUGCUCCAACCAACUGAGUUACAGAGGCCAGUUGUCGAGCUCUAACCACAAGUUCAUGUUUGCUCCUGCUUAGGUCUAGUAAAUGUAUAAAAUUCACAGUCUAAAUUCCCAUCUGCAGUACAAACCCUACAAUGGUUUAUAUAAUAACGUUAAGAAUUCAAGCGCUUUCAUUGGUCGAGAGCCAUGAUCUAUUAGAGGAUAGACGCACGGAAUGGACCAUUUGCAUUAUAGACUAAAUUUUGAUCUAGUCAAAAAUUUCAUUUCACAGCUUGAAAGGGCAUCACAAAAUUAGUAGUAUUCCAAAGUUUCGUUGCGAAAUGUUGUAAAAUGCGGAUAAUAUAGCCUUGCGAAGUUUGCCGUUUUUCAGUCAUUUUGUAUUACGCACGCGAAAUUGACAGCCCAGUCGGGUGUUGGGGCAUCAAUUUCCCGUUUGUAAUCUAAAAUGACUGAAAAUUGCAAAUUUCGCAAGGCGGCUAUUAUCCGCAUUUUACAACAUUUCGUCACGAAACUUUGGAAUAUUACUAAUUUUGUGAUGCUCUUUCAAGUUGUGAUGAAAUUUUUGUCUAGACUUGUUUAGAUCAAAAUUUAGUCUAUAAUGCAAAUGCCAUUACGUCACACAAAAUUCUUUGUUAUGUGCAGCCAAUCACAACACAGCACGUGACUAAAGGUAGUCAAUAGCAUUCCAUUAUUUGUAUAGAUCAUGCACGCGUGAUAUUUGUAAAUCUCGAUUUUUUUUCAAAUUUCCAAAUGUUUGGGUAAAUAAAAAGUAAGCUAUAUUUAUAUAAAACAAAUAGAUAAGAUUUUGCCGUUGUCUGUGACUCUGUUCAGUUAUAUAGAUACACAGUAUGACGUCAUAAUGGGGGAAGAACAAAAAAGUGACCACGAGCCGCCGAGGCUAUAACUGAACAGACAACGACAAAAUCUUAUCUAUUUGUUAAUUGUUUAUCUGAGAAUGUUCAACAUCGGCUGAAAUGGGUCUUAACAGCAAAAAUGUUAUCUUUCAGAUAUGGUGGUUAUUCUACUACCUCGAACUUGUUUGGCACUCCGUUGUUUGUAAACGUCACUCCAGAUUCAACGACGUAUCAAGAACUGUAUGACGCUGUGCUUCAUAAAAUGAGGUAAUUAUACUGAUCAUGUUGAAUUGGUGAUAUGAAUUCAUUGCGGUAUCUUAUUAUAUAAAAUAGUCGGGUAAUAUCUCAGCCUGAAAAAUUCGAAAGUAGAAUUUUUUAGUAAAGUUUCAAAUUUAUAGGACCCUACUCAAAAUUUUGAGGAAAUAUUUAUUUUGAGUAAUGAUUUACUUCAUAAAUUUGGGUAAGUUUGAGUCAUUAUGGGUGCAUUGUUUUACUCAAGUUUUUGAGAAGAAUUUUUUUGCAAUGUAGAGUUUUAAAUUUAAAACAAGACGCGAUCCCAGGCGUUCACCGCUCUGGCCUCAAAAUGCAACGUGUGCAAACAACAGCAAAUUCGUCUCCUUUUCAGGAUGGGUUAUGUUUGUCAUUUUCGAACAUCCCCCCCCCCCCAAUUUAUUAAGUUCAAUUUUCAAAAUUUAUGAUGUUUUUUUUCCUUUUCGCCCGCCUGAAAAUUCAAGCUUGUUGCUGCGCGAUGAACAAAAGCAUGCCUGUGACGUCACUGAUUACAGUACAUGAUUACUUGUUUUCGUUACAACUACAUCCCACAGCAUCAGUCGGUGCCGGUGGUGGUUUAAUUAUUACCCUAGCCGUAGGACACCCCCCCCCCCCUUUUCUGUCUUUUAGGUUUAUUUUUCCUCGUUUAGAAUAUUUUGAAAGACUUUUAGACAAUUGUUUGUUUGAAACUCAGUUCUCGUCGUAGCUUCGAGGGCACAAUAAAAAUCCUGCCUCGUCAGCAGCCAAUCACAUUGCACGAUUCGCCAAAACAAAUGCUUGCCAUAUAAUAAAAGAAAAUACUACCCAGUAAGCAAUUUUACUGGAAAAACCGAUUUUGAAAUUCUCCUAGAAGUAAGCAAUUUUACUGGAAAAACCGAUUUUGAAAUUCUCUAGAAUUUCAAAAUCGGUUUUUCCAGUAAAAUUGCUUACUGCAUGGGUAGUAUUUUCUUUUAUUAUAUGGCAAGCAUUUGUUUUGGUGGUGAAUCGUGCAAUUUGAUUGGCUGCUGACGAGGCAGGAUUUUUAUUGUGCUCUACGAAGCUGCGAGAGAACUCAGUUUCAAACAAACAAUUGACUUCUAAAAGUCUUUCAAAAUAUUCUAAACGAGGAAAAAUAAACCUAAAAGACAGAAAAGGGAGGCCCUAUCGGCUAGGGUAUAUAAUAAUUAAACCACCGCCGGCACCGACUGAUGCUGUGGGAUGUAGUUGUAACGAAAACAAGUAAUCAUGUACUGUCAUUAAUAUUAACUACGAUCAUUGUUAUAAUAAGUACUAUAUUUAAUUAAUAUAGUAUUUGUAGUAUAUUAUACACUUCAUCCUAUACAAACCUCGCCCACGGCUCUGACCUUGACAUCUGUUUCACAUCAUCCGUGAAAAACAACUUUUAUUGCGUGCAUGUUGUACCAGUAAAUCAUGUUGUAUCAGUUAGUGAAAAUAUAAUUUCGAUAUUGCUUUAUACAAAUGUAUAUUAUAAAGUCGAAUACUAUUUUCUCAUGUCAGUCCCAAAAAAACAAAACACUGUUUGAUUUAAUAUAGCAGAAAAACUAGAACAGUUAUCAUGAUCAAAUAAUGUUUAUUCCAUCCAGAAAGGGCUAUCUUAAAUUUCGAUAUGAUAGAUUUUUAUGCAGUAUUAACUGUGAUAUAUCAAUGUUUUAAAUCGACCAAAGCAUUUUCGAUAGUUUGUUAAUGCGAAGGCCUCACUACCUGUCUUAUGUUUCUUAGAUGUUUCUCAUUUGGUUGUGUUUUAAUUCCCAAAGUUAAGUAAUAUCAACAAAAUUGUAAAGACUCUGGCUUGCGAGGUUGCAACAUUGUAAAUUUAUAUGAGAAAUAAUUUGUAAUUUUAGUUGGCUUCAAUAUAAUCACGAGCAAAUGGCAACUGUACUGAAAUUAGUUUAAUAUAGGCCUUUUAUAUACAUUUUUAACAUUGUCCAAAAUGCUUGUUCGAUUUAAAACAUUGAUAUCUCAGUUAAUACUACAUGAAAAUCUUAAGUUAGCCCUUUCUGGGGGACACGAUAAAAUGUAUUUUAUCAUGAUUGCUGUUCUAGUUUCUCUGCUAUAAUAUUAAAUCAAACAGAGUAUAGUUUGUUUUUUUUUUGGGGGGGGGAGACACCUGGUAGAAAUGUUCACGACUGUUGCCUGAUGUUUGGUUACCGUAUUUACUCGUACGACGCUCUUUAAAUUUUCAGAGCUUCAGAUGCGGCGCUUAAUCGGGGACGGCGCUCUUUAAAAAAAUAAAUUUAAAUGUCUUUGUCACUAGCUAAAUGUCCCCAUGCAUUUUGUCGGCGUAACGUUUUUACACUGUUUACAAGUUUACAAAAUAUCAAUGUCACUGAAGAUGUCACUGAUCAUGAAGAGGUCAUGAUCCGAGUCCAACUGCUGGAUCGUAACCAUUGUUGGAUAUGCCUCCUCGUCAUCAGAAGACGUAUAAUUUCGUCGCAUUGAAAGGGAUUCGAUUAAGCGCCGCAUUUGAAAAAAAUUAGUGCGACGCUCAUUUGGAGGCGGCGCUCUUUAAAAAAAAUUGAUCUCAAAUGCGGCGGUCAUUCGGGGGCGGCGCUCAAUCGAGUAAAUACGGUAUUUAUGUGUGGACACUUUUGAGAGGCAUUUUCUUCAUUGUCGUGUAUUUGCGAUGAAAAGUGUUCACAACCUAAAAACGUUUUGGCGUUCCUCUCAAAAUUACUUUGUUUUAGCUUUAAUUUGUAGUUUACACAGUUCGCAACCUUUUUAAAUGUAUCUGGCGGUUGAGAAACACAAAACAGUAGUUAGGUAUUGUCUUUUUAAAUACAAUUAUCAUCGAUGCUGUAAAAUGGACGCCAUAUUUAUACGGCAAUAUAAUAAGCAAAACUUAGUGAACUUCAGACAUAAUUUUCUCUUUGGCUUCUAAAAUCUCUUAAUUUUAGUAGAAUUUUACAGAUAAAGCAUUAAACAUACCUUCCAAGUUGGAAAACGUCGAGUUGAGAAGUAUCAAAAAAAUUUAAAAAUUGACUGAAGUCCUAACCAAGUGAAAAAGUAUAAAACAUUCUCCUCUUAAUUUAUAAUUAUAUGCAUUGGAAAUCAUUUUUUUUUUCAAAUUGCAGUUGCAAUUUUGUUGCUCGUGUUACUCCACCUUUAAAAACGACGACAAAUACAUUUCUCCUGACCAUUUAGCAUAUUUAUUGAAUGAUUUUACACCAUAAUUUAAUUAAAAUUCUGUCCACCCAAUUUUCUCGAAUUAGUUAACGUGAUUCUUCAGAGUAACUUAUUUGAUUUUUUAAAUCGAGCACAUCAGUGCAUGCGUGGUAAAAGUUUGAAGGGAUGGAAUUUUUACACAUUAGUUAUAUCGAGAGUGAGAUUCCCAAAGUCCCAUCAUAUUUACCCAUACCCCGUACAUUGGCAUCACCUUAAUAUCUCUCUGGGCCGAUAGUUGCAUUAGAUCUAACCAGGAGCAGUGGUGAAAAAUGCAACUAUCGGCCCUCUCGCAGGAAUCGAACCUGCGGCCCUGCGAUUCUGGUGCAGCGCUCUAACCAAGUGAGCUACAGAGAGACAGUUGUCGAGGUCUAACUACAAGUUCAUGUAUAAAUACAGGCUUCGUACGGGUCCUGGAAAACCUGGAAAGUCAUGGAAUUUCAAUAUUAGUCGUGGAAAGUAUCAAUUUUAGUCCUGGAAAGUCAUGGAAAAUUGAAAUUUUACAUAACAUUACGAAGUAUUUUACUUAGUUCGAUUUAUCAGUCAUAACAAUAAUAUGAAUUGCUGUUAUAUAACGGAUUCUUGCAAGGGCGAAGUGAAUUUUGUUCUUUUAUUAUAUCUGUUAUCGUUAAAAUAUUAACGAAUUUCAGAAAUUCCAGACUUCCAGGUCAUGGAUUUUGAAAAAAAUGGUCAUGGAAAAGUCAUGGAAUUUUAAAUGGGAGAAGGUGUACGAACCCUGUAAAUACUAAGGAUUUUGGGAAUCUCAUUCGAUAUACAAAUCCUUUCAACAAUUAGUUUUUUCAAGUAAAAAGCCCAAAAUCCUGCAUGAUGUUAUUAUUAUUAUGUUAAAAGUUUGCCUCUUUGCAUGGAAUCUUCGUCGUCAUGCAUGUAGCAUUUGGUCGUCGUCGUCAUGUUGAUUGUAACUGCUCCGCUCUCUUUAUGGAACGAGACGCUUGGAACGACCUUGUUUCGUCGAGAAAGGCGAUUUCGAAUUUUACGAAAAUAUCUUCUAAAUAUCGGGUAGUUUAUGGAGUAAAUGAAAGGAUCAACGAUGGCAUUUAGCUCCAUGACUACGGCCCACCAGAUAAACGUGCGCAUGAACUGGGUGGAAAUAUGACCCUCUCUGCUUCCAUAUGCACGUGCAACAACCACCAAUGAAACUGUAGAUCCAAGCAAUGUUAAAGUGACGAUAAGUACACGAAUUGCUAAACGAUACUCCUUCGUUGAUGAUCUAGCGUUUGAACCCAAGACUGUACCCUCUAGGCGUUUAAUUUCUUUACUUUUCUCUCUUGCUUGUUUGAAGAUAUAUAUGUUCAUCGCGCAGACGAAUAGGAUCAGCGUGCCAUAAUACACACGGAGUGCGAAAUCCCUGUUUUGGCGUUCUCCCCAGCGCAAGUAUUCGUUGAAAGCGCAUAGAAUAGACGCAAUGAUCCAGGGAACCAGAACUAAACCCUUUGCCUUACUUGUCGUCAUCAAGGCAGGGUAUCUUAGGGAAUUGUACACGGAUAGAAAUCUAUUGAAGGUUAAUAUGAAAAGACUGCCAGCGCUGGACAGCACUACAAAACGGAAUAGGAUCGCUAAGUGUUCAAUGUUUUGACCAUAAGUGUCAGUGGUAUUCAUAAUGUGAACAAAAAUGUUUAUUACAACGCAUGCGACAGCAUCAGCAGUGGCUAAGCUAAGAACGAACCAGACGGAAGGGACAUCGAGCAUUACUCUGUUGUGUAAAAUGACCAAGAUAACUCCAAGGUUCUCCAGAAAGCCAAGAGUCCCGAGCAAACCAUGGCAUAACAGCAUUGCAGUUACUUCAGCACUGGUAAAGGAAUCACCGUCGCUCUCGUUGACAGCCGUAACAUUUCUACCGUUCAAAGUGACAUUCGAAGCCAACCAUGUGUCAUUGAACAUUUUAAGGAAAUAUCAAUACAGAGUAUUAGGAUUCGAUAUUUGCGUUAUAUCAACUAGCCUCUGCCUUGCAUGCAGUAAAGCGCGAGAAUGAGUCAAAACAGCUAGAUGCCACAAAGUUGCAAUUAAGACAUAUAAUUAACUGCAGUAUUGCGACAAUUAGAACCUCCACAAACGAAAUCAGUGCAUUCUUCUUUUAAUUAAGCGUUUUAAAGUGUGUGGGGGGGGGGGGCAAAACAAAGAUUACGGCCCAAUGUGGACUCCCCAGAGUAAGAUUGAGGUCAUUCAGGGUAAGGUUAUGGCCACCAACUAGCCCCCCCCCCCCAUGCCUUGAACGAAAUACCAUGCACCUGCUUUUUGCACAAACAUUGCCUCAGGCUCGGUUUGACAAAAAGAAGUCGCCAUAGCUCACACUCGGUUAAUAAUGCGGAUUGCAUUUAUUUUUGAUAUACAUUAAAUAUUCCCACACGUUUUAUUGAUUAAAAAAAAUUAGAAAGUAUCGAUCUUUAAUUUUCCGUCCGAAACUUUCACGUCCGUGUUUAUAAGAGAGUGGAUAAAAAAAGUAGACAAUUUUGAAACGGCUCUCAAUUUCAUGUUCAUGUCAUGAAAUUUUUGAUAAAUAUAGAUUGUUUGGGCGAAAAUUGUUCGUAAGGAUAAAUUUUCCAGAGCAGGGGGUUCUUUUAAAGUUUAAAACGUAUUUUGAGUUCAUGGGCGAGAAAUGUGUUAUGUGUUUUAUUAAUGGUCCAAAUAUAAAAAAUUUAUUCUAUUUUAAGUCCUUUAAAUAGCAGCUGAAACAUUAACUUUUUUGGCACCAAUGCCUAUAUCACGCAUGCUUAAUUCAUGCGUUUACCUAAUUUGCAUACUGUUAUCGUAAAAAAAAGUAGAAUAACAAUAUGCAAAUAUGGUAUUAUGCAAAUUUAUUUUCAAAUUGUCAAAGAUAGUACGGAAAGUUUAGUAUUUCAUUAUUGUAGCUCUGGCAUGAACUUGUGGUUAGAGCUCGACAACUGUCUCUCUGUAUAGCUCAUGCAGUUGGUUAGAGCGCUGCACCGGAAUCGCAGGGUCGCAGGUUUGAUUCCUGCCUAGCCCGGUAGGACCUGUAGUUGCAUUUUACGCCACUGCUCCUGCAUGGUUAGAUGUAAUAAAUGUAUAAUAAUAGAUUAUUCCAACUAAAGACUCAAUUCUUAUCUAUAGGCAAGAAAAACAAAAUCCAUCACCACAGCUAGAAAGAGCAUGUUAAAAUGAGUAAAAUUGCAAAGUUUGGUUGCGAAAUGUUGUAAAAUGCGGAAAAUGUAGCCGUACGAAAGUCGCAAAUUUUGUAUUUGUAUUACGCGGCACGGGAAAAUGUACUACUUUCUGCCCAAAUGUGGUGCAUUUUCCCGCGCGUAAUACAAAUUAAUACAAAAUUUGCAAAUUUUUUCAGGACUAUAUUUUCCGCAUUUUACAACAUUUCGCGGCCAAACUUUGCAAUUUUACGAAUUUUAGCAUGCUCUUUCUAGCUGUGGUGGUGGAUUUUGUUCUUCUUGCCGAGAUCAAAACUUAGUCUAUAGCUGGAAUUAUCCAUUCACACUAGAAAUUUCCAUGUACAAAACCCUUCUAUAUAUAUAUACAUAUUGGCAGUAGUAUUGCCAAUCACACGUCAACAUGUAUUUAACAUUUGUUUAGUCGUUUUUGUAAAAUAACUGUUUCAAUAACCUGAUCUGAUGACGGGCAGUUUCAAAACGUUGUCAAAAUAGUAAAAUGAUAAACGUUCUGUAAUAUCCUUGAAGAAUUGUGAAAAUUAUUGGAAAAAUUUUAAAAAUUGGAGAUCGAUACUUUUUAUAUUUAAAUUGUAUUAAAUUAAUAAAAUGGCUGCAUGGCAAUGUUUAAGGUCUACAGCGAUCUGUUUUGUGAAGCCGAGCAAUGUUUGUAGAAAAACAUUCCCCAUAUACUUAACUAUAUUGUCGCUAAUGACUAUACACUUAAUGAAAUGUCUUGAUUGCAAUUAUACCUUGCAAGUGCAUGGCGUCCGACUUCAUUAAUGAAUAUUUAACAAAUAAAUAAGAUUUUGCCGUUAUAGUCACUUUUGUGUUCUUCCCAAAAUAUUAUCUAUUUGUUUUAUAUAAUAAAAAGAAAACCCCCGAAUUAAACAAGUAAAUAGCUUACUUUUUAUCCACCCAAACAUUUGGAAAUUUGAAAAAGUCGAAAUUGUACAAAUAUCAUGCGUACAUGCAUCCUCGUACCCAGCGUCUCAGCAGGUGGCCGUGCACCAGAGCACGAGAGAAAAUAGCCUGGGUACGAGGCUGGCGUACAUGAUCUGUACAAAUAAGGGAAUGUUACUGGCUACCUUAAUUGUGACGUAAUUCCGUGCGUCUGUCCUCUAAUAGAUCAUGGCUCUCGACCAAUGAAAGCGCUUGAAUUACGUUAUAUAAAUAUUAUAUACAAUUUUUAGGUAAAUUAUCUAUCAAACAUAACACAUUUUACCAUAAGAUGAUGGUGUACUUAUUGUGUAUGAAAAUCUCUGAAACAGUUUUUUGCUUUGUUCAGACAUAAAUAAACUUUGUGUUUAUCACAACAGAUUCGACUAUAGCCAGUUUUGCAAAACCGCCACCGGCCCCUUUGCUCUUUGUGCUGUGGCCAAUGAUGAAGACUAUCAAGGCGUACAUCUUUGCUCGGCAAUGGUGCUUCGUCUUCUGGGGACGCUUCAUCUUCUACAUCUUGAGCUAACGACGGUCUUCCACGAGGUCUUUUUGAGGUUUUUCCAGCUCACGAGAAGACCCUCAUAGAUCUCUUGGCAGCUUUCAGCUGAUCGCAUUAAUGUCGUAGAUAAGCGUUGACUUUAGCGAUAUCAAUGCAGUGAAAGAUGACCAUCAGGUACCAUCUUCGGGAUUGAUCUUGGUGCGAUAGAGUGAGAUAAGCAUGUGGGACAAGUCAACUCCACCCAUUGACUCAUUGUACUGUCACACUAUGUCAGGACAGGGACAUCGACAUGUUUCUUUGCUUUGCCACCCCAUCUCUUUAUUGUGCUAGAUGCCUUCACACCAGAUUAGGUUAACAGCACCUGAAUGCAUCUGUUGUCAAGCCAUCUAAUCAGAUGCAGACCAGUGGUCCUAUCAGUGCGGUAAUCCAAACUUCCUCUACCUGCUUUCUUCAACUCCUUCUCUGACAUCAAGGGGCAGCCACCAAUCCAGUUCUUGCGUACUGUUUGCUGUUUAACAAAUAGAUAAGAUUUUGCCGUCGUCUGUUUAGUUAUAGAUACACAGUAUGACGUCAUAAUGUGGGAAGAACAAAAAUGUGCGUCUAAAAUUGUUAAAAAUAUCACAUUUGAAAAAAGUGUGAUGAUAGUAGUUUUGACAACGAAAUUAAGGGAUCACAUGACAUCUUGACUAUUUUAUGGUCAAAUUGACGAGCAGAUGCCGGGAAACCGAUCGAGUGCAUGGAUAUUAUGCUGAGCUAGAUGAGAAUUUAAAAAUUAAUCAAUAUAAGAAAUGGCUAUAAAAACUUUUCUUCAAUCAUAUUAGUAUAGGUAAUAGGAUGGUUUCAAGUGCAAUUUGGAUAAAACAUGCACGAGUGAGUUUUUCAAGGAGCAUCUUUUUAGCACGAAUCCGAAGGACGAGUGCUAUUUGGGGUCUUUGAUUUUCAAAUGAGUGCGUGCAUGUUUUAUCCAAAUUUCACGAGAAACCUAUUACGUAUUAAUACAUAAAAAUGUCCGAGACAAUUGUAGUUUUAACUUACGUUUAUAGCGAAUCGUCCACUGACAAAUUUUCCUGCUUUGUUAUAUCACAUUAUUCAACGGCUUGAAAAUUUCACUCAACUAUGUAAGUUUUGUUUAGCCUUGUUUAAUGUAGCGCGGCCGCCAUGUUUCUUUUGUUUUGAAGCAAUCUGCGACCGUUACUUGACGACUGCUUUAAACUGAUUGGUUGAUUUUAGAUCCCAUUGUUUUUUUCAACCAAUCAGAUCAGUUUGCUACAGAUUUUUGCACUGUUGUUACAGAUUUUCGCUCUGUUGUUACAGAAUUUUGCACUCCUGUUUGAGAUUAAUUGCACUGAAAUCAACCAGUCACAGUCGAGUAAUAUUUUUAUUUAUAUUAUUAUAAAAGAAAUAGAAAACAGUUUGGGAGAACUCGAAAUAACGUCUCGUUCUCGCAAAUUUCUUAAGAAAAAUUUUCGCACCCUGUGGCGAGAGUUUGUAUCUGAAUUUUCUCAACUGUCGUGAGUAGCAUGAGAGUUGUCUAGAUAUAUUACCACGCGUAGGAAGAACUCUUAUCAACUACCAUCGAAAUUCGAGCCAGCUCAAUGUUGAUGAGAGAAUCGAGAAUUGCGACUCUCGUUGUCUGUUAUCUCAUGAACCCUCAUGAACUUAUUUGACCAUGGCUUUAAGGUAACGCUGAUACAAAAAUACCAGCAUGAGCUCGACCUUUGAAUUUACUAUAUGAGUAAAUUGUUAAACACGUCUGAAAUUAUCAGUACAAUACAUUCGCGCAAUAACUUAUUGGGAUAGACGAACCUUACCCUAAUCUAACCCCAACUCUAACCCCUAACCCUAAUAUAAUCUUAAUCUAAUCCAAUCUUAAUCUGACACUAAUCUAAACUUGACGACCUUUUUUUAUUAAUUCUUUUUCAGUUUGUUGCAGGUGCUUUUAUAUCCUUAAUAUAAGAACUCACAACUGAACAUUUUGAACAGGGUUAACAUGCACAUUUCCUUGCUUUUAUAUCCAAUGAUGUUUCUUUAUUCUUACUAUUUAGGCGAUACGUCACGGUUUUUCAGCAGAAUGGGAACCCAGAAGCGCAGGACGCUAAGAAGUCAGGUAAGCUGGAUAUAGGUUCAGAGAUAUAAUGUGCAUGCAAGCAUCCAUGUGAUUGCCAUGGCCACCAAACAUUAAUGACACUGGAAUUAUGCUGGGCCCGGCACAGGGAGCCCAUCCCUGGUCUUAUUGAAGUUAUGUAUUAGAAUUACGUAUGAAAUAUAUAGCUCAGUGUUGAAGCCUGCGAUUUGCGGGCUGUGUGCGGGCUAACGCGCGCGUUGAAUACACAAUCGAGUGCCUGGAAGGCCAGAAUUCAAAGCACAACAUCCGUGUGUUUAAAUUAAAAGGUCAGAGUUUUAUUAUGUUGUAAGGUCCACUAGGGCCCGUUCUUUCAUAUCGUCUUGCCAAAACCUUCCAAAUAGUUGCUAACGAGGAGAAAUUGUUCGAUUGAUCGCACGGCAGUGUACGGUUGGAUGUGUCGGGAUGUGUUCCACAGGUUGCUAUGACAUGCUGAAAUGCUUACUUAUUUCCCAUUACACACUCCGCAGAUCUCUAAAACCAUAUGAAAAAUGUUAAAUAGUAUUGUAGCUGUUGGCAUAUUCGAAUAUAAAACACAUAUAAAAUUUUAAACACAUGUAAAACAAAAUUUUAAAAUCAGUGAUCGGCCGGCCGUGAAAAUUUCAAAAAAUAUAUUAAUUAACUUACCAGUAAACCGCAAUAUUUUUCGGAAUUUGCAAAUUAGUUGCAGAUGACAAGUUUGUAAUCAGAAAGGUAAUUUCUGAAAGAAGUUCUUUUGUUGAAAUUUAUAGAAACUUAAGUCGAUAAUUUGUCAAUGUCAUAGCAACUUAUGGAACACAUGCUUCCAGGCACUCGUCGAUGUUUCAUCCCUUUAAUAUUUUCUUUAUUGUGUAUUCAACGCACGCGUUAGCCCGCACACAGCCCGAAAAUCGCAUGCUUCAACACUGAGCUAUAUAUUUCAAACGUAAUUCUAAUACAUAACUUCAAUAAGACCCGGGAUGGGCUCUAAGACCCGGGAUGGGCUCCCUGUGGGCCCGGCUGUACGAAAGCCGGAUAGCGCUAUCCACCGGUUACUGAUUUUUUCAAACUUGAUAAAACUACAGAUAUAUGGACCUCUUAAUGAAAUAAGAAACAAUUCACAAUUGAAUUACCCCUCACCCAACUGAAUUGAAACAAUUUUUCUAAAGUAGUAAAUUGUACUAUUCAUAGAUGUUCCAGUAUAGUAGUAUACCGCGGACUGAGAGUACUGGUUAAAAUACGAGCGUUUGAUUUCUGCUGGCAAUAUUGAACCUUGUUGAAGGUUUUUGGAGAUGAAAUUUCAAACGAAAACUAUGUUCGGGAGGAAUGUUCAAAAUUUUGGAAUAUUUACUUUUUGUUAUAGCCUAUGAGACUUUAUAAUAUAAGUGGGAUAUAUCACGUAAUUUGAUUGGCUAAUGCGCUUGCAUUAUUAACUUCUUAUUAACCGAACGCGAGGUCUGUACCGAGAAAUAUCGGACCGAGGUCUUUUUUGUACAGAUUUGAAAUGCAUAUUAGUAGCGUGGUACACAUUUGGUCGAAGAAAACAAAAAAUACCAAUGUAAUUCCUUCUUUUCCACUAAAAACCAUUCGCAGAUAUCGUAUUAAUAACAAAUUAAAUUAUAAUUUUCAAUUAGUUUUGCUGUUUUCUUUUAAAAUGCAUGUGUUUGUUUUUACGUAAUGGACCGCCGGUGUCCCAGGGAUUUCGCCCCCCCCCCUCCCUAUACAAUUUCGCCCCCCAGGGGCGAAAUUCCUAGUAAUAUCGCCCUCCCGAGGGGCGAAAGUCCUAGGAAAAAUUCGCCCCCUUUAAGAAAUUCGCCCCCUUUAGAAACUUCACCUUUCCUUUAGGAUUUUCGUCCUCUGUUAAAAAUUUCGCCCUUCCUAACAGUUGCAUGGGAUAAUUAUUACAUAGCUUUAGUCAUUUGAAAUCAGUAUCUGAUACCAUGGAUUGUAAAAUAACUGGAUAGGAAACUUCCUGAAGUCACAGUCUAAACCUAGUUGCAAUCUGUGACGUCACGCGUAUUGCCAAAGUUCUCAGCAUUUUUGUUGUUUCGCUAUAUUUUCCGUUUUAAAAGAGUAAUAUUGAAGCAUAAACUGGUCUAAUUGUUUUAAAAACAUGCCUAAGCCACGACAAAGUAUUAAAGGUAAAUGUUUUUCGUCUUAGUUUUGUAUUUUUUUACAUUUGUAGCUACGAAGUUGGCGACGCCAAUUUUAACGAAAUUUGCGAUGCAUUUUUCACUGUUUAGUGGUUGAAAUAUUCACUAAAAUUGACUGGGAAUACUUAGAGAUUUCAUCGUAGAAUGGCCUAGUUAUAUUUAUUUGCUCUUUGACUAAAAUGUUUAGCUUUAUUAUUGCUAAACAUGCCAUUUUUGAGAAUUUGGUUCGCAACUAGGUUUCAACGCCAUCAGUCCAUUGAAAACAUUAGGUCACGUCAGCUAGUUUCCUAUCCAUGUAUUUUAUUAUCCAUGAUGAUACUGAUGAAUAGUGCAAGGAUAUCCGGAGCUGCAUGAGCAACCAGUCAAACGACCAAAAUAUCCAUCUCCCGAGUAUAUGCUAGUUAUUGUUAAUUUUCAUUAAAGUAAGCUUUAUAGCUUUUUGGGAUAUUUACGAUGGACAGGUGAACAUGUGACCCAUAUAAAUGGGGCGUUUGAUUAAGUCUUCAUCUCAUCAACUACUCAGUUUGCUAACCGAUGACAAAAAUAUGAAUAUAUUUGUCUUAUUUAAAGAUGAUGAAGUUGAAAACAACGACACACAGGAGGAAAAGCUUGAAGAUAUGAAUGAUAUUUCUCUGGUAUGUUUGUUUAAAUUUCAUUGUGAAUCAUUUAUGCAUGUGCAACUGAUUCAAGUCUGCCUUAAUUGUUAAGUGUUAACUAUAUAUGAGAGCUACUGAAACUUGUUCUUGCGCCGAAACUUGCUCUAAAAGACCGCAUAUAUAGCACGAAGAAUUCUAUGGCCAAGGCAAUGUGCCAAUUUAUUGCUUUUUAUGUUUAUUCUCCAUUUUGUCCUCAUUUUCCACCGUUUGGAGAGGUUUAGUUUUUCUUUGAGAAACACUCUUCGGGUGUGCUCGAAGAAGCUUGUUUUACAGUACCUUGCCUUACCUCAGUAGUUGGUUACUGCUUACUAGAACGUGUGCUAUCCAAAGGUGGAAUGCUAUAUCUGUGGGAUGCUAUGCAUGUUGUAUACCAGUAUCCUAUCAGAUAGUACUGAAAAUGUUAAAUUUUAACCCCUGUAUAUAGUAAAGGGUACCUAAUCUUUUCUUAAAAAAAUAUAUUUUCGGACAAGCAAAGCUACACUGUAAUGAGCUGGUGCUACAAACAUUUCAUUUGGUCAACGGUUUUAUAAUUUCGGAUUUUCGUGUUGGAAGAAUGUUAGGAACUUUGGGUGCUUCGUCAGAAAAUGGUGGGAUAAUAUCGGCAACAAAAAUGCCAAUACCAAUAUUUUGAAUUUAAAGCCGAUGCCGAUAUAUGGAUAUCGGUAUGCACCGAUUGCAAGUCUGAUGCACUAUAGAAAUUCUUCUUGGUAUUGUUCACGUCUUUGAUGGAUAUUUCAUGCUUUCUGUAUAGGAUGACAGCAACGAAGGCAAAUCAAGCGAGAAGGCUGUUCCUACAUUAUUUACAAUGUGUACUGUGAAUAGUUAUGGAAGUUCUGAUAUUGAUAGUCUGAAGGACGAUGGAAAGGCUCUUAGAAUUUCAGGUAUAUACGUUUAUUGUUUUUUUUGUGAAGAUGUUUGCGGACAUAUAUGUGAGGUACGUUUACAUGUUGCGAUUUGUCGUCUGCCAUUCGUAUUCUGGCGUAUGUAAUCGAAUAAGCGCGCGUAAAGUGGUUGCAUUUUAAAUCUUGCCAUAAACUAAAUGUAGUGAACUCAAUUUAUUUUACUUUACCUGGAACGAUAUACUCAGUCAUUUGGCAGUUAAAAAGUGAAGCCUCGCCUGAAGUCAGCAGUAAUUUUCAUACGCCAGUAUACGAAUCGUACACGACGAAUCACAGCGUGUAAACGUUCUUUAUAAUAGUUACCAAACUCUUGCUUCGAACAGAAUUGUUUUCGAAAAUACCGUCAUUAUUUAAAAUCUGCACUAAAUGACGUUAAAAAAUUAAUUAAAGUUAUUUUUUUAUAUUCGUGGUUCAUAGUGUAAUAACAAUAAUUUGCUUUUAGGACGAAGUUACGUCGCAGUUGAUUGGUAUCCGAAAAUGAGAGCGAAAUAUUACGAUCAGUCUAAAGCUGAGGUAUAACCCAUCGUUGUGUUGUGUUCAUAGAUAUCUUGUUGUGUUACACUGUUGUGUUACACUGUUGUGUUGUGUUACACUGUUGUGUUGUGUUACACUGUUGUUUUGUGUUACACUGUUGUGUUGUGUUACACUAUUGUGUUGUGUUACACUGUUGUGUUGUGUUAUACUGUUGUGUUGUGUUACACUGUUGUAUUGUGUUACACUGUUGUGUUGUGUUGUGUUACACUGUUGUGUUAAACUGUUGUGUUACACUGUUGUGUUACACUGUUGUGUUACACUGUUGUGUUGUGUUACACUGUUGUGUUAAACUGUUGUGUUACACUGUUGUGUUACACUGUUGUGUUACACUGUUGUGUUACACUGUUGUGUUACACUGUUGUGUUGUGUUACACUGUUGUGUUGUGUUGUGUUACACCGUUGUGUUGUAUUACACUGUUGUGUUGUGUUACAUUGUUGUGUUACAUUGUUGUGUUGUGUUACACUGUUGUGUUGUAUUACAAUGUUGUGUUGUGUUACACUGUUGUUACAUUGCAUUGUAUUGUAUAAUUCAUUGUAUAUACUUAAUGUCGUCCUGUGCUCUUCAAUUUCUUUUGUUUUUAGGAAACAAAACAACAUGAGAGUGUUGAUCGCAAAGUAGCAGAGAGAAAAACGAUAACACUAUAUGACUGCAUAAAUCUAUUUUUAAAUAAAGAGAAACUUAGUGCCGAUGAUCCUUGGUAAGUGGAAUGAACAUGUUUAUUCAUUGUAAGGUUUAUACUGCCCACCUGUGGAUGUGCAUUUUUUUGAGAGAAAACAUUUUGUGCUUGAAAAUUCGGAAUUGUUUCCUCAUGUUUUUUACACUUACCUUCCCUGGACGACCUUAUAUAGAAGCCCUCCACUUGGCUGGAUGCCCAAAGUUAGAUGAAAGACGUGAAGACCUUUGCGCAAAGACUUUAUCUAAAAUUACUAAUAGUUGUCCCCUCUCUCAACAUGUGACCCAAACCAGAGCAUCCGCCUACGACUACUUGAUUAGAAGUUCGAACAAUGGAUGAUUCCUGCUAUGGACUAAAUUUUGAUGUAGGCAAGAAGAACACAAUCUAUCACCACAGCUAGAAAGAGCAUUCAAAUUAGUAAAAUUGCAAAGUUUGGUUGGAAAAUGUUGUAAAAUACGGAAAAUAUAGCCCUACGAAAUUUGCAAAUUUUGUAUUAAUUUGUAUUACGCGCGGGAAAAUGUACCACAUUUGGGCCGAAAGCGGUGCAUUUUCCCGUGCGUAAUACAAAUUAAUACAAAAUUUGCAAAUUUCACAGGGCUAUAUUUUACAACAUUUUCCAACCAAACUUUGCAAUUUUACUAAUUUUAACAUGCUUUUUCUAACUGUGGUGAUGGAUUUUGUUCUUCUUGCCUAGAUCAAAAUUUAGUCUAUAGCUGAAAUCACCCAUUGGAUAAUGUAUAAGCGCAGGACCGUUUUAAGAAUAGUUUUUUUUUCCCGAAAACAAUCUGUAUAGCUAAUGCAAGGAACUUAACUGAUAUUCUUUUCAUAUCAGAUUUUAUUGUAAUACUUAUACUAUAGUCACAUGUAGUUUUUAACUUUCACAAUAGUUUUAGAUUUAGAAUAAUUGUAUAGUUUUCUUGUAAUAUUUUAAUAAGUUCUAUUCCUAUAAACACAUGUAAUUCAUUUUUGAUUGCGAUAAUGUGUAUUAGCAUCAUCAUCAUCAUAUAUUUUUCAAUUGUCUAAGUUGUUUAUUACAACCAUUAACCUUCUUUAGGUAUUGCCCAUCUUGUAAAGAGCACCGACAAGCCACAAAAAAAUUCGAUUUGUGGUCUCUACCUAAAAUGCUAAUCAUUCAUCUUAAGAGAUUCUCUUACAACAGGUUUGUAUGCAUUGCUAUACUCUAACUACUUAGCGAGCGGUCAUUGUCUAUACGUAAAGUUGGAGCCGAAGAUAAACGAAAAAUGGUGUAACAUUUUUUACCCAAAUUCAGGAUGCAUGGUUAUUAUACUCAAAUGUAACUACACUGUCUUGUACACUAUAUAUCAAACCUGCAAAUAAUUAUUUACUUGGAAGGACAAAUGUCCGGUCUGUACAAAAAUUGGUCGGACAUUUAUCAACUUUUCUUAAACAAUGGACAAGUACAAUUUUUCAAUCUUUCUUGAAAAUUAGCACGGUGUAUUUCGGCUGGUCAUGUUAGUCCGCACUUCAUUGCAUCUAAAACUGAUUGUAGAGGGUGUCCAAUAAAAAUGCCCCCACUAUGUUUUGUGGUAUUGCAACGUUAGCUUUGACAGAAGUUUCUGAUUUUUAUACUAGAUAAAAUGAUUAUCCUAUUAUGCUUGUGAUGUUACUCUGAGUGUAUAUCCACACCGGGCAAGCUUGAAAAACAUACCUGGCCACGGUGGGAAUCGAACCCACGACCCCCGGAACACCAGCCCAACGCUCCGCCAACCGAGCCACGCGGUCAGGCCGGCUCGAGCAUGCGACACUUCGGAACAGAAUCCAGCUCCCUCUGCAUCAAUGUAAUCUAGCAAUCAUGAUUUCUUCUGUGUUGGUGUAAUGUACUCAGGCGAAUAUGAUGCUUGUGAUGUUACUCUGAGUGUAUAUCCACACCGGGCAGGCUUGAAAAACAUGCCUGGCCAUGCCUCAUGAUUACUAGAUUACAUUGUUGUCGAGGGAGCUGGAUUCUGUUCCGAAGUGUCGCAUGCUCGAGCCGGCCUGACCGCGUGGCUCGGUUGGCGGAGCGUUGGGCUGGUGUUCAGGGUUCUCCUUAUCAGGCGGUAACCGGUAAAAUUUACCGUUUCCACGAGCACUGAUUACCGCCUGGAGAAGCCCAAGUUAAAUAUAUGUUUGUGUACAUUUGUUAAGAAAUAAUUAGUAAUAAGGUGUGAGAAAAUCCUUUAUAUAAUAACUACAGUGAAACACGCAAUUUUAUUGGUCAAUAGUCGUGCAGGAUCAGGCUAUCCUGCACGAGGAAUUAUAAUGCCUUCGCGGGAUUUUCAAAAUGUCAUAGUUUCACUGCAGUUAUUUUAUAAAACAAUUACCAAAUGGUUUUCCAAGCAGGAUAGCGUGAUCCAUGCACUUGGGAUGUUGCUCGACUUUCGGAAAAGUGUGAAAAUACACUCGCCUGCAGCUCGAGCAUUUUUACGCUUUCCGAAAGUCUCGCGACAUCCCUCGUGCAUGGAUCACGCAAUCCUGCACGGAAAACCAUUCGGUAUUCCUUUAAUAAUCAAUCAAUCAAGUAUUGCUGAAAUUCCACAAUAUUAAUUAUUUAGCAUCGAUAGAUUGAAUACAGAAAUAUCCUAUAAACCCGAUCUGCGAACAAAAUUUUUUGGCGGAAUGAUUAUAUUAUCAACCCAGCGUGGGCCUGGGGACUGAGUAAUUAAAUUGGCGUGUGUUUAGAAUAUAAUCUUUAGUAUUCUAUAAAAGUUUAAAUCUUUCCUCAAAAUGCAGGAAAUGCCAUUUCAGAUUUCAAAAUUCUCCGUUGGUAUACCCCAGACCCCCUAGAGGUUUGUAUAGGUGCGACUUGAUGCUUAUACCUGUUGAAAAACCUGUUUUACCUGUCCCACUCACAACUAUGGAGAACCCUGGGUGUUCCGGGGGUCGUGGGUCCGAUUCCCACCGUGGACAGGCAUGUUUUUCAAGCCUGCCCGGUGUGGAUAUACACUCUGAGUAACAUCACAAGCAUCAUAUUCGCCUGAGUACAUUACACCAACACAGAAGAAAUCAUGAUUAUCCUAUUGUUUUAAGCUAUUGAUAAUUGAAUUAUGAAAAUAACCAACUAUUUGCCUUCUAGAUUCACUUAAUUAAGGUGGCGACACCAACAUUUCAACUUGUGCGAAUUAUAGAAAUUAGACUUUCAAAAGGGGAUGUUUAAAGAGAAUUCCUACCUCUUAAAAACCUGGUUUGUGGUUCCUAACAUUAAAUAUUUCGUUUGAUAUAAAAAUGAUUUAGAAUGAGCCUGAAGCUUAGGCAGAAAAAUGAAAAUAUCCGAUUAUUGACACUAAUUUUCAGGCCUGGUAUAUAGUAAAUGUCCCAGACCUAGAAGAAGAUUUCUCAGAUCCGAUUUGCCAUUUUCAAAUAUUCCUCAAAAGUGCGUAAAAACAAUGAAAAAUCUGACCAUACAUUACGCCAAAUUUGAACAUCGAAAAGCACUUCACAAUCUCAAGUGACAGAUAAGGGAUGAUAACAUAAUGAUUCCAUACGAUUCUCCUAUAAUGUAUGUGUGAAAAAUUGAAAAUAUUCCGCAUGAAAAUGUUGCCUUGCUAUGGCAAAUGUUCCUUAGGAUCCCGAGCUCGCUCUUUUUCCUGGAGGUAAAUUGUUCUGUCGGCUGAAAGUCCUGUUGGCAAAAUCUCCACUCAGAAGCUCGUGGGUUCGAUUCUCGCUACGGACUCAUGUGAAAACAGUCAGUCAAGGCUCUACCGAAAGUCGUGGGUUUUCUCCAGGUGCUCUAGUAUUGCAUCACUUUCAUUGAAAAUCCAUUUUCCAGCCAUAUUUGUAUAAAAUAAGUAUAAAACAACAAUUUCUGAAGAAAUGCAAUCCUGUAUUUAAAAAGUGUAUAAAAGUUUUAUAAACCGUAAAAAAUGUUGUUAAUGUUCAAUCGAUUGUUUUUCAGAUUUUGGAGGGACAAGUUGGACAUCAAGGUUGAUUUUCCGUUGACGUACGUAUUCUGUUGUGAUUUUCUACUUGCUUAAUAUUUAUACAAUUAUUUUUGAGGUUAUAGCUGUUUUCCUGGGUAGAACCAGUUCGACAAUAGAAGGAGAAAAUUGCAACUAAAUCGCAGCAAACAUCGCCCGUGUUAACGGGCCUUAACACAACCUAACAAAAAAUGACCAAAGAAACAACGAAAAUAUUUUUAGAACAAUUUGUAUUACAACUUACCAUAAUAGUUGUAAGCAAAACAGUAUUUAUUCAUAGCUUUUAUUAAUCUUAUUGAUUAGAAAUAGCUUUGAAGAAUACAUCCACUUUGUGGCUUUCUUCGUGCUUGGGAAAAUCGCAGCUUCGUUUCGUACAAAAAUUUGCUGGUCUGUAACCGGAAUGAAACGGGAGGCCAUUUUGUUUUUCUCCAGUGGUGAAUAGUGCAAGGAUAUCCGGAGCUGAGCAACCAAUCAAAUUGCGCGAAAAGAACUAUCCACCUCUGGAGUAUAUGCUAAUUACUUUUAAAUCAAACUUCGCUAAAUAUAUAUUAAGCCACUGCGUUUGCUAUUCUAAGAUAUGAUUUUACACCGCUAAACAAAAAUGCAAUAGUAGAUUUUUUACAUGCUUUUCGUCGGCUUAUUCAACCCGUUUUCACACAACGCCAGAACGUACGAACUGACGCUGUUCUCCCUUGUUGCCAAAGUUAGAGCGUUUUCCUGUUCGGCGUUGGCUUUCCCAUUUCGCGUCAUGUAAUCGUACGGUCUAUAUUUUACUCACCGUUGACAUGCGAACAUCAUUCUUGUGACGUCAUUUUGUGACAUGUUUCUUCCAUCAUCCUCAAAACUGGAAUGCCAGCUUGUUCAUUCAUCUUAAAUCCUGUUCUCUUUGCAGUAAUUUCGACAUGUCAAAAUAUGUGAUGAAUGAAGGACAUCCACCUGCAAUUUAUGACUUGCAUGCAGUUUCGGUGAGUAAUGAUACUAUGCUUAUUACUUGGCGUGUGGAGAUGACAUCUAGAUUUUUAGUCGUACCAGACUAGUCCUCCAACGAUUUUUGUUUCGUCAGUUAUGUUUAAACAGUUGUAUUUUUAUAUUUUCCUUUAGAAUCAUUUUGGAGGCCUUGGUGGAGGACAUUGUAAGUUUUACAGUGGGAUUCCUGAUUUCGUGGGGAGGGGGUGGUUGCACCCACCGCAGUUACUACUUAAAAAUUUCCAUCAAUUUUUUUCGUUUAACUAUAAUUAAAAUCAGAAUAGAUAACGAUUUAAAUUCCCAGAGGCCUAGGUCAUAUUUGUAAGGGUACGAGGAAGUACAAUUGUUCAUUAUUGAUGCAGUUCAGUAAAAAGAUGAGUAGAAUUUGCAUCUAGACAGUGUUUAAAAAUAGGUACGCUAAGCGUAAGUGUAUCUGCGCCAAGAUACUCUUUUAUAAUUAUAAUAGUAGAUGGCUUUUUGUAAUGCAUAUUUUAGACCUAAACAGGAGCAGUUGCAAAAAUGGAACUAUAGACCUGCGCUCCUGUGAUUCCGGUGCAGCGCUAUAACCAACUGAGCUACAGUGUUGUUGCCUGUAGUUUUUGUUGUAAUUGGACAGCUGUUUCUGUAAGUUGUUAAUGUUGUUGUUCUUGGAGUUGCAGUAACCGUUGGUGGUGGUAGUUUUACUCAAUGGUGGUCUUGGCGGUCUCAGAGAGGGAAUGACCAGGAGGUGGCUAAGUGGACACCCCCCUUGGUGAAUUAGGCGGAAAUAUUGGUCACAAAGUCGUUGUCGUUCACACGUUUCUAUAAAAAACUUACAACUCGCUGAUUUUCAAAGAUUUAUUGUUGACAAAUAUGACUCCCCAAGCACAUGCGUUAUAUCUUGAAAUCUAGGCGGACAACCUAAUCUAUUACAAACAGCUAGUUUUCAUUGCCAGCCAACAAAUUCGGGAAGUUUCUGUUGUAAACUUUUUUAUUUCUAUUUUCAGACACAGCAUUUUGCAAAAACCCUAAUAAGGAUCAAUGGUAUAACUUCGACGACAGUAGUGUAUCAUCUAUGGUAGAAGACAGAGUAGUUGUAAGUACCUGACGCGCAUGUAGUUAUAAGAUGGCGAAGUAUUAGUGGUUUGCAAUCAAUCCUUUGAGAUUUACGAGACAAAGACAUGGCGGCCAUCUUGGAGGAAAACACGCUCCAAAUACAAUAGCUGCUAGUGUUAUUCUUUUGUUAGCGUAACUCCAACAUGGCCGACGUGACUUCAAGUGCAAACCAAAAAUGCUGUUUCACUUUUUAUCGAUUAGUAGGUUUCAAGGAAUUUCCAAACUUUUUUUUAGGUAUUUCUAUAAAAUUUCUAUAAAACUUUCACAGUAUGGAAGCGUUUCAAAUUUCAGAAGUAUGACCACAUUUGCUACCUCUAGGGAAUGUAUUAAAGACCAUGUAAAGUCCGUUCUGCGCAUACGUUCUGCGCAGGCUUACAUUCCAAUGGUCGGUACCCGACCGUUGGAAUGUUAUUAAUAUUUCGUAUCUUUUGAACUUUCUUGAAUUGAAUCUCUAGUCUGUAUUCAUUUACAAGCAUGGCGAACGAGAAGAGUGUUAAAAAUUCAGUAUAAUAUAUAUCUAAUCAUAUUUUACAACUGUAGCACUGAGUUCAAAAUGUAAACAAAGCGUUUGUUUACAUUACGGACUUUACAUGGUCUUUAAACAUAAAAGUCAUCUGUUAUCCAUUACGGCACUUACAAUAUUUACAAGCGUAGCAGAAUGUUAGUACCAUGAUUAUAUUCAAAAGAAAACAAUGUUAAGUACUAGUUUUAAAAACAUGAGCAGCCGAUCUUUAUCUCAUAUACAAACUCGAGCCGAAGACGAGGCAAAUUUCGAAACCGUCGACGGUCCAGCACAUCAUUGAUGGUCGAACACAUCAUUAAUUUCGUUCAGAAAUGUUAUGUGAACAGAUAAUUUACGUUGUGUUUAAAGGACGAAAAAACUGGCUUAUAUUGUGUAUAAACGACUGCUGCAACUUGAUCACUUGUGAGGUAAACAAUGCGAAAAUUGAAAGAAAAAUACCUAAAUGAUCCUAUUAUAAUCGCAAUGAAUGCGUAUACUAUUAUUAUCGUUAUUUUCUUAUGACAAACUUAUAACCUCCAAAGGCCGAGUUUAAGAUGCGAUAAUCUCGAUCAAAAUAGCUUGAUAACAUGCUCCGUGCGUCAAAAUUUUAUACUCGGGUAACGUAACCGUGUUUUUAACAUACGAUAACGAAAAAACUGUACGAAUUUUAAGCCAAAUUAUAUAACGGCACAAUUGGAGACCUGCUCGCCAGUAACACGAUAUAUAUUUUAUUACUAAAGAGUCUCGCAUGUUUUUCUUGCUCAAUAUAUAAUUUAUCAUAUUUCAAUUUUAGCUUUAGCCCUGGACUGGAAUUAUGCAAUCUUGUAAAAUUGUAAGGUUUAUAGAUAUAUUAUAUACACAUUACAUUAUGUCAAAGCUCUGAAACUAUAAAUAUUAUUUAAUGUUUUUGCAAAUGUUGGCAUUUUCCCACGUGUUCUGUUGUAUCUCGGAGAUGGUUGUCUAUAUUUUACUUCACAAGAAUUUAUUGAAUUGUUGAAUUUUAAGAUAUUUCAAAGUAAUUUACUGGUUAUAAAUCAAUAGACGAGGAGACAGCUUUGCUGAACGAAACACAAGAAGAAAGUUUAAAUCCAUACAGUCUUGAACGACUUUUUAUCUGAAUUGAUUUUCAACUUUCUCAUGCCAUAUAAGAAAACCUAAAACCAACUCAGAAAGAGAGUUUAUAAUAAUAGUAAUUGAUUAUUUAUCCAUCUUUAGUGCAAAAAUACAAUGGAUUUACAGUUAGUAAAAUCUAAGUAGUAAUCUAGGAGUUAUAUGUACAGAUAAAAAAUUUAGGAAUAGCUAUAAAAAUAUUGUCUAUAUUAGCGAAUUUGUUCUGGGAAUAAACGAUAGUUCAUGCCUUUUAGUAUAUGAGAAGAAUUGUGGAAGAGUUUUUGGUGUUCUUAGGUCAUACGUGUUCGUCACUAUGUCAGGUUAUAUAUAUUUCCUGCAUGGGUGCGUUUCAUCAUUAAUGAUUUUCUUGUAUUCGCGAAUGGCAAGAUUUUCCCGACGGUGCUCUAGAGACUGAAGUGAAUCAGAAGGUAACCCAAGAAUUUUCAGACUUCUAGUAUGGAUACUCUCCAGCUCGUCUGUAAGGUAUUGUGGCAGACCACCCCAUAUCUGUGUAUUCCAGAACCGGUCUUAAUUUGGUUUCAUAGCAUGUUAAACCCACUUUGGUCGGUAGAUUUUCUCGACGACAUUCCCGUAGGUAAAAUAAGCGUUUAUUUGCUUUCUUUGUAGUUUCUUCAAUGUGGGUGUUCCAUUUAAGGAUAUUAUUAAUCCAAAGACCUAGCAGCUUGAACGAGUUCACACUUUCAAUCGUAUCAUUGCCAAUCAUAAGUGAUGGUGGUUCCCAAAUUGCAUCUUUAAAGCAGAUCCACAUGUCUUUCGUCUUUUUCGCGUUAAGUUUCAUCUUGUUUCUAAGUGCCCAGUCGUUCAUUGCAUCAAGUACCUCUUGUAUGUUACUAGUAGAACCGUAUGGAAUCACUUCAUCUUAAGUGCAGUCAUCGGCGUAUUGAUGUACAAAUAGUUGGGAAUGCAGUCUUCGAGGUCAUCUACAUGAGCAUUAAACAAUGUUGGUGAUAUAACAGACCCCUGGAGGACUCCGGAAGGGCAAGGCCUUAUAGAUAACAGAGCACCUCCUAAUUUUACUUGCUGAUUCCUCCCUUCUAGAAAGCUCCGUGUCCAUAGCCAGAAGCUUUUCGACACGUUCAUUUUGGCGAGCUUUCUUAAAAGCAAUCCGUGGUCCUCCAGAUCAAAUGCUUUGCAAAAGUCGAUAAAUAAAAUGUGGAUACGCAUUCUUCCAUCACGCGAGUUUCAUUUACUACGAAAAGAUUCGAGGAAGCGUAAAUGGAAGCGCGCAAAAGAGAAACAAUGCUUUCUGUAAUGAAACAUUAAGUAUUACAGAUGAAUCUUCGCCAUGGGAAUAAUUGAUUCCGCGGCGAAGAUUCUAUCUAUAUACUUAAAUGUAUUAAUCCAAAUCCUGGACGGGAUUCUGAGGUUGUUUCUCGUUACGGAAAAUACUGUACAGGUUACCCGCCAUUCAAGAAAUCUGAUCCUCGGCGAGAAUGUCUCUUCAAUGGCAGGUUAGCUGUUCAGCUUUUUCAAAAGCGACAAACUCCUCGUGUAUCUCAGUGGCGGAGUUUUGAAGCCGAUGUUAAAUACAAAGAAGCACUUUUUCCUCCAACUGUCGUUAAUGGCAAACCACCAGAGAUCGUGCAAGAGGCAACACUAUUGGAUGUUACUUCUUAGAUCCGACUUAAAAUGGAACACACACGUACAUAAUAUUAUAUCAAAAUGCUCCAAGCGAUUAUAUCUUUUGGUCCAGCUAAAACGAGCGAAAGUUCCAAAGAAUGAUAUCAUACAGUUUUACAAGACAUGUAUUAGACCAGUUUUGGAGUACGCAUCCAUUGUAUUCUACCAGUUCCUGCAAAAGUACCUCAGUGAAGAAAAAGAACGGAUCUAAAACGUGGUCAUUGAAUUAUAUAUUCUGGUCUCAGAUAUGAAGACGCCCUAAUGGAAAGUGGCUUACCAACACUCCACGAGACGAGGAACAAGGCUUGCGAGAAAUUUUUAAAUCAAAUUUUAGAAAAUCUUAAUAACAAACUAUCUAUAGUUUUAUAUCAAAGGUGGACGUAUCUUCGAAUUAACAUUCCAAACUUUAAAACAGGACAGUACAAAAAUCCUUUUUAAUAGCAAGUAUAGUUUCAAUGUAAAUAGGCAGCCCCUUUAUCUAUAUUUUUACCUGCAAUAUGACUAGUAUAGUGAAGAAAGUAAGUAAUUUCCAUAUUUAUCUUUAGUAUAAUUACAUAGGUGAUUAUUGAAAAUUCUCCACGCUGAUUGGUUGCCGUUGAGGUGAUUAUUAAGCGAUAAUCACCUAAGCGAUUUUCAAAAUGGCGGUCGAAGCCGUUUUGUCAAUUAAAUGGCGAAGAAAUGUGCAUUUUAAAAUUUGUUUCCAAAUAAUCACCUAUGAAAUUAUACUAAAACAAUUAUUCACCUCGGGCUCGGUGAUUAUCGUGAAUAAAAACCUCGACUUCGUCUCGGUUUUUAUUCACCGAUAAUCACCAUGCCUUCGGUGAAUAAUUGUUAAUUAAUCACUAUUUGUAAUCACAAUGUAAUUCAGUAACAUGUGUGUAAUUUAGUGAUAAUUAAACUAUCUAUCUAUAUAUUUAUCUAUCCAUUUAACUAUAUGAUUUAUUACAAGAUAUUUUGAAAUUCCGCAGUAACAAUACCUUCUCCUCUCCUUGGUUCUCCAAGUGAACUUGCUGAAGAAAGUCUAUGAAUCCUCAUCUUAGACUUCAGCAAAGCCUUUAACUGGAUAGACCAUCAUAAUUCUAAUAAAGAAAAUGGACGAAGUGACGAUCGAUCCCAUCUUGAUUGCAUGCAUGGACGAGAAGCUUCGUGACUGUGAUAAAACGGCGAGAAAAGAUAGGAAAAAUUUACCUCUAGUUUUGAACAAGUAACCUGUGGUGUUCCUCAAGACACUGUCUUAGGUCCGAUCCUGUUCAUAAUAACGAUUAAUGAUUUAUUGGGACAAUAGAUGGAAAUAUCUCGACGAUUCAACCCUUUCAGAGACCCUCAACACCAGUCAAGAAUUAAAGUCUUCAAAACGUCUUUACAUGCUUAGACUUCUUAAACGAGAUAAAUCGUAAUCAAUCAAUCAAUCAAUCAAUCACAAAUAAUAUUUUUAUGGACGAAGAAUUGACCCAACAUCUUAACGGCUUAAUAAAUUAUCAAGCAAUGGAUCCCGAAUGUUUUUCUCUGAAUAACGAUGGGACAUUUGGUUAGCCACCUUGACUUCACCUGUCUUAGAAAAAAUCCUGACAACAUCAAGGUUAUUUCUGAAACAGAUUAGGUGAGGGUGGUUAAAUUACAUGAUUGCCGAGAAUGUGAAGUUGUCAGCCAUUUUUUAAAGGAGUUGCUGUUGAUAACAAUAAUGAAUGAAUGAAUGAAUGAAUAUAUAAUUGAUCAUCCCUGAAAAGGGCUUUUCAGAAUCAAUAUACUACAAUAGUUACAAGAGUGUAUAUAAUCUAAGAUAGUAAAGUUAGAACUGCUAUACUAAAACUAUAUUUACAUUGUCUAUUUAAUUCUUUAACAUACAUGAAAUUAUUUGUCGAUUAAAAUUGUCUUAAUAAUUCUUUCUUCUAUCUAAUUAGUACUCCAUCCGAAACUGUCUCAAUAACUCUUUCUUCAAGUUAAAUUUAAAAACACUAAUUGAUUCGCAUAGUUUAAUGUCAGGAGGUAACUCAUUCCAUAGUUUUGCUAUACGAUACUUAAAGGAUUUCUGUCCCUUUACACUUGUAAAAAGUGGUAAAUUUAGCUGGUCAGAUUGUCUAGUUGUCCUUCUGCUGACAGCUUCUCUUGUAGUAAAUAGAGAGCUCAGGUAGUUGGAUGCCAAUCCGUUCAUACAUUUAAAUGCGAGCACUGCGUCCCGGUAAAAUAAGUGCUUUUUCACCGGGAUCCAUUGUAAUUCCUUUAGGAUUGGGGUCACGUGAUCAUUCUUCCGGAGUCCGCCAAUGAUACGUGCCGCAAAAUUCUGUACUGACUGAAGUUUCUUAAUGUUUCCCUCGGAUGUCGUGGACCAGACAGAUGAGCAGUAGAAGAGUUUACUAAACACCAGUGAAUUAAUGAUUGUAAUAAGUAAUUCUUUAUUAAAGACAUGCUUAACUCGGUUAAUUUGUCCUAGGGCAGACAUGCAUUGAGCUGACACUUUAAUGAUGUGUUCAUUAAAAUUGAGAUUGCGAUCGAAAGUUACACCCAGGUCGUUUAUCGAUUCAUUUGGAGUAAGUGCUUUGCUCAGUAAGGAGAGUUGAAAACAUUCUGGUAGUUUGGCGACCAUUUGUCUGCUUCCGUAAACCAUUAGUUGAGUUUUACCUGGAUUUAUUAGUAAAAGAUUUUGGAAGCACCAAUUUCGGAUUCUCUCGAGAUCUUCAUUUAUGAACAACAUAGUUGAGUCGCACUCUUUGGCUGAAAAGCACAUGUACAUUUUUGUGUCAUCCACAUAACUUUCAGUAGGGCACUUACUAGUUAUUGACAUAUAUGCUAAACAGCAAGGGUCCCAAAAUGCUUCCUUAAAGCUUCGGAUAGUGUGGAAUUAAUACGGACAGACUGGUAUCGAUUGGUCAGAUAACUCGUGAACCAGUUUAGGGCUUCAAAAGACAGCCCAACAUCUUUGAGUUUGCUAAUCAGAAUGUCAUGGUCCAAGCUGUCAAAUGCUUUGGACAUAUCCAGUAAAACAACUGCGGUUUAUGUUCUUAAAUGGUUUAAAACACGUACGGAUUUGGUAAGGCUCUGAAAAGUUACGAAACAAACAAACUUUAUUAAAACAGAGCAACAGAUACUGCGUGGUACAUAGAAUACAAAACAUAUUAAAUUUACAGAGAGAAAUUUAUAAUUGAUUAAAAUUUCUUAGGACAUCGAAGCAAUACUUGGCUACCAAUGUCCCCACGGAUUUAUCUUUCAUUGCAAUAACAUACAUAAACAAGUUAUGAUUAUUAAAAUGAACGAAACAAAUUAUAAAAUCUGCUCUGAGAUCAGUAAACCUUGUAAUGUUAAAACAAAAUGUUGUUCGUUUCCUACUACCUGGUCAGUUAAAUCGCAAUGUUGACAAAUUCUUUUGUCGUAUGGAACAUUGCUAUAUCAACCAAUUUCAACAGGUAUUAAUCUAUGAGUUGAAAUUCUGAGAUUUGUAACAACUUGACGAUGUUUAACAUUAAUUAUAAACACAAUUAUUAUGGGCAUAUUAUCUAUAUAUCUAUCUAUCCAUUUAACUAUCUGAUUUAUUACAAGAUAUUUUGAAAUUCCGCAGUAAGAAGGCCUUCGCGUGCUUGCCUGGUCAACAAGUGAACUUGCUGAACGUAGUUCCUUCCAUGCAAUAUUAAAUUGGCGCUCAGUUUUGAGAAGAAAGUCUAUGGAUCCUCCUCUUAGACUUCAGCGAAUCCUUUAACUGGAUAAACCACCAUAUCCUAAUAAAGAAAAUGGACGAAAUGGCGAUCGAUCCCAUCUUGAUUGCAUGGAUGAGAAGCUUCCUAACUGUCAGAAAACGGCGAAUAUAAAGAUAGGAGAAUUUACCUCUAAAGUAACCUGUGCCCUGUGGUGUUCCUCAAGACACUGUCUUAGGUCCGAUCCUGUUCAUAACGAUUAAUGAUUUAUUGGGACAAUAGAUGGAAAUAUCUCGACGAUUCAACCCUUUCAGAGACCCUCACCACCAGUCAAGAAUUAAAGUCUUCAAAACGUCUUUACAUGCUUAGACUUCUUAAACGAGAUAAAUCAUAUUAAAUAAAUCAAAAAUCAUAUUUUUUAUGGACGAAGAAUUGACCCAACAUCUUAACGGCUUAAUAAAUUAUCAAGCAAUGGAUCCCAAUGUUUUGCUCUGAAUAGCGAUAGGGACAUUUGGCUAGCCAUCUUGACUUCACCUGUCUUAGAAAUAAUCUUGACAACAUCAAGUUAUUUCUGAAACAGAUUAGGUGAGGGUGGUUAAAUUACAUGGCUGCCGAAAAAGUGAAGUUGUCAGCCAUUUUUUAAAGGAGUCGCUGUUGAUAUAGCAAUAACAAUAUUUAUGUUCUUAAAUGGUUUAAAACACGUACGGAAUUUGGCCUUUCUCAUGACGAAGGUCUAAAUCCGCCAUUUUUGGGUACUACUUUAUGAACAACGUGCAAAAUAUAAGCGAUGUGAAAAUAAUUUUUCAAAUAUUUAACUGUAAAUCGAUUUAUAAUGAUUAUACUUAGUUAUAGAAAGUUUCAUUUUCACUGCUUACUAUCCCUGUUCUAAAAAGGUUGCCACCCAAAAAUGGCGGCGUGAGAAAGGCUAAUUGGUAAGCCUCCGAAAAGUUACGAAACAAACAAACUUUAUUAAAACAGAGCAACAAAUACUGCAUGGUACAUAGACUACAAAACAUAUUAAAUUUACAGAGAUAAAUUUAAAAUUGAUCGAAAUUGAUUGAUCAAAAUCGCAAUGUUGAGACUUGAAUUGUAUAUAUGUGCAACGUUUGAGUAUGAUUGACAAGAAUGAAGUCAUGAUAUACCAUGAGAUGAUGAGAAGUAUAGAGAUGUGUGUCAGAUACUGCUUUGCCGGAUAUACCAGAUGCUACCGGAUUGUAGUCUACCGGAUAAUAACCGAACACUGAUGGUGGUACUUGGACUAUACGUCACUAUUAACUUUUUAUCAUUAUCUGUUUAGUUUGUGGUACAAGGUCAGACAAUAUACAACAGAAAGAAAAGCAUGGGAAAAUACUUCUAAUUUUGUUGUCAAGGCAACACAGUCGUUCCCAGGCCCCUUGCACUCAUUUUGCAUAACUAGUUGCAUUUAUCUAUGUGUAAGUCAUUUUCGAAUUAUUAUCAUGCAAGUAAACUUUUGGCAUGCAUAGGUAUGGUACACAUACUUCUGAUAUUAUUUUAACCUUAUCAGUACCAUGAAUAAAGCUGUUUUAUAAAAUUGGCGCAAGGGGCCUGGAAACGACAUUGUUACCUUGGCAACAAAAUUAGAAGCGUUUUUUCAAUGCGUCUCAUCAUGUACAAUCAGUAUGCAAAAUUUCAUUUGAUUUGGACCCAUAAUAACUGAGCUAUGCUUCAGUUUACUAUUCGAUAAACAUACUUACGCAACUAAUGGCGUCACACGUGCUGAAUCAACAAUUUAUAUUUUGCACAUUUUUGCGUAUAACGUCGGAACUAGAUGAGAUAGAAUAGAGCAUUAAACGGCCAACCGGCUUAUUUUUUCAUGCUCUUUCAGAUGAAGCAAUAAAAAUUUUGGUUGCCAAUGUCCUUUAACUGUAAUUUCGUUUUAAUAUGUCACGUGUCCGGUAGAGUUAGUGUUAGAUUAGUGUUUCACAAUAUCUUAACGCAAAACAGACGGUUUUGUGGUUAUAAAGUUCCAGUACUAUCCGCUAAAUCUCAAUGAUAUUCUAUACUAGUACUGUAGAAAAAACCCAAAGUGUCUUGUAGGACGUCUUUUUCUUUUGUAUUUGCUUCAUGAACUAUUAAUAAUUAUAUAAUACCCUUAAGAAUUCAUGCGAUUUCAUUGGUUGAGAGCCAUGAUCUAUUAGAGGACAGACGCACGGAAUGACACGCGCUGAAUCGGCUAUCGCUCAAAUUCGACGAGAGUCAGUGAAAUAACUGUUUUAUUAUAUACACUGUUUUAUUAUAUACACAAGGUCUGAUUUCACAGACUUUGCUUUUUGGAUAUUUUCAAAUAUUUUUCUAUUUUGUUUAUGUUUUUAUCUUCGCUCUUUCGGCCGAUUAUUUUUUCAAAAAUAUAUAUAGUUUUUAAUCAUUAUAAAUUUAUAAACAAUUUGUGGGAGUUUUUUCAUUGUGUUUUUAAUCCUGUAAAUGCUAUAAAAAGCGAACAACUUGCCGUUUUCUCGUUUGCAAAACGUCAUUGCCACCAUUUUGUUUUUCUCUACUAGCAGCUAGGAUAUGAGCUAAUAUCCUGCUAGUAAAGAACCAAUCAGAUUGCAGAAUACCUCAUAUCCAGACCUUGUGUAUAUGAUAAAGAGUCUUAUUUGCUAAUACUGCGAUUUGUUCCAUUUUCGUAGUCUUCGUCCGCCUACCUACUGUGUUAUACAAGGCGAGGCGCUAAUACAAGACAAGAUGAUCUGGGCGAUGAGCAAAGAAUGGAAUACGAUGAUGAAUCACCAUCUUCAGCACAUGAAUCAACUAUCGCGGGCACAGAAGAUGUAAACGAUAUGGUGUGA